AUGGUAGAAGAUAAACCUAUAUCUAGUCAGGAGGGCGUCGCAGAACAUCAUAUACCAGCCAGCAGUAUAAUGGAUUCAAUCUACCCUGGUAAACAUGGUGAAGCUUCCGCUGAAUACGUUACUGCAAUUUAUUCUUACAUGCCCCAGCAUUCAGAUGAAAUAAAUCUACGGACAGGUCAAAAAAUUAAGAUUUUGUCCAAAGACUGUCGACAUUCUGGAGCUGAAGGAUGGUGGGUUGGCCAAGAACCAAAUACAGGUUAUAUUGGUGUAUUUCCUAGUGGCUAUGUUUCAAACCCAGAUGACACCGUAGACAGUGAAUCGUCAGUGAUGAAUGAAACAAAAGCUAAUUCGUUUAAACCAAAUGAACGGAAUGAUGGCGCAUUUCAUAUAGUUAACAAUAUGGAUACAACUAUGGCUACAACCACAACGAAAGAGAUAUCUUUUGACAAUAGGUCACUUGACAGCGACGUAAUUCUUAGACACAAUCACGUUAGGACAAUCCCUGCUACGGAGUUAGUGCAACAACAGUUUAUUGGCUCAGGGGCAUUUGGAAAAGUUUAUCGAGGUCUUUGGCAUAAUCAGGAUAUUGCACUAAAAGUAUUUGAUCUAGCUACAAACCAGGUGAAUAACGAGGCUUUACACUUAUGCAGAUUAUCUCAUCGGAACAUUGUGAAAUUUUAUGGAAUCUGUAGGUUAGAUACCUCUAAUUUCCCAGCACUUGUAAUGGAAUAUGCUUAUGGUGGUUCCUUGAAUAUGGUUCUCAACCAACGACCUCUGCUAGGUCCGCUUGUUUUACUUGAUUGGGCAUUACAGAUCGCUAGUGGAAUGGCAUAUUUACACACGGAUGCCAGAAUUUGUCAUAGAGAUUUGAAAUCAUCUAACAUUCUUAUCAGAGAAACCGUUCACAAACCGUUUUCCAUAAAUGAGCUUCAAAGGUGUACCCUACUGAUUACUGAUUUUGGAAUGGCUUGUCGCUCUAGUCAACUAGCACCACAACAGUCUAAAUUAGGCACUGUUGCAUAUGCAGCUCCAGAAGUGUGCCGUCAAGAGGGAUUUUCUUUCAAAUCGGAUAUUUGGUCAUACGGUGUUGUUCUAUGGGAGUUGCUUACGUUAGAUAUACCGUUCCGUGUGAUGGAGCAACCUAGGUUAUUGUUUAUUAUUGCAAUGUAUAAUUAUACUCUGUACAUACCACCGGGCGUUCCAGAUCUCUUUGUCCAGUUAUUUAAAGAUUGCUGGUCACCUGCUCCAGAAAGUAGACCUAAAUUUGAGAAUAUUAUGGCUCGACUUGAAUCAUGCAAAGAUUGCAGUUUUGUAGAUUUGGAGCCUGGUGAAUUGGCUCAAAUUCAAGAGGAUUGGCGUGAACUCAUAGCUGUCCAUUAUAACGAAGAACAGCAAACCGUAGCUGAAGUACUCUCAUCAUCGUUCAAAAGUGAAAGUUUGGAUUUUUCAACAGAACUUUUAACGCAACUGGAAAUGUUACGCAAUUAUCGUGAAUCACUAGAUAGAGUUAGAGCAGAUCUAGUGGAAAAAGCUCAUCAACUUCAUAUAAAAGAGGAAUUGUAUAAUCGAGUGGCUGACACCAUGGGUCAACAUUUUAUGUUUUUGGCUGUUGUGGCUGCUAACCAUUUCAAAGAUUCCACUCAUAAAAUUCAAACUGCUCAACCCAAACCUCCUCCGCCUAGAAAACGCCCGUUUGUUCGUGGUAUUUUUAGGCGAUGGGGAAGUAAUGGUAAUCCAUGUUCUACACCUAAUGACUACAUUAAUUCAGUUACUUCGUUCACUAACAACUUUUCAGUGAAGGAUCGUAAACGAUCAAUCAAUUCCUCACAUUAUGCUUCUAACAAUCAUUCAUAUUUGAAUAUUAAUACGAAUAGUUCUUCAGAUUUAAGCAGUUGUGUUUGUGAUGAAACUCACUCGAUUUCACGUGGAACAUCCAGUCGAGUUGGUUGUAGUCAAGGUGGAAUACCUCUAAUUUCUCCACCCACAGAUAUGAAACAUGUGGUUCAUGUGGACUCAGAUUGGUUUACCGGUCAAGGUUUAUGCGAGUCAACGAUGCGGUUAUUUCCUUCUGCUACAUUCGUAAACUCCUCAUUAGGUUCAACUAGUGACAAGUAUCGUAAUAUGUCAUCAGGUCGUUGUGGUGGCCCUCAAGUAAAAACGUUUGUAAAUACUAAGUCGGAUAGUAAUAUGGCAGAUAAAUUUAGUCAGAAAUUAUCACGUAUUUAUUCUAGUGGAAAUAAUAUCACAGAUCUUCGAUCGCGUGAACAGCGUUUUAUUGAUGCCCAAAGGAACUUACAAAGAAAUUUGAAUCGAUUUUCUAGGAAACCAAAUUUUAUUCGAAAAUCUGAAAAUAAAAACAAUUUAGAUUUUCUACAAAAGUCAAGUAAUCAUUCAGUUGGCUUUAGUAAUUUUUUCACGCCAAUCAACCCAUAUUUCUAUGAAACCAAUAAUGAGUUCAAUCAUAGCGGAUAUCAUAACUGUAGAGUUAUACAACCCAUCAUAGCAACUGAUAAUCGUAUGUGUAAUAAUAAUAGUCCACCGUUUUUCGAAAGACGUCGUUCAGCUUCUGGACCGGUUGCCUUUUUUACUCGAUAUACUAAAACUGAUGACCGGCUCGUAAAUAAUACUGAUGAAAGUUUACUCGACGUGACACUCAACGGAUUACUCUAUAUGAUUUGCGACCCAUUCAUUUUGUCACCAACAUCUGGUUAUAAUCAGCAUUAUUCUGGAAGAUCUCUGUCUACUACAACCCCUCCCAUUGCUUAUUUUAACUCAGAUAUUACUGAAAGCUUCUAUUCUUUAAAGGUUACUGGGAAUUCAACUGUUGAAAAUGUCCUGUUGUCAGCAUUUCGUCUUAUAGCCUCCUUUUGUUUUUGGGGCAUUGAGCCUGAUAUUGACGAUGCAAAGGCGAAUUGUUUAAGUCCUCUCAAUCCCAUAUCAUCGUGUCAUUAUUUUGGAAAAAUAUCUUGUUCUACUGCACAUUGUACCUCACAGUUCAGUUCGGGUUAUGGUAAACAUAAACAUGCAGUGAAAAAUGCUACCAACUCAUCAUCAUUAUCCGGACAAAAUGAAUCUGAUUUCCAUCAUGUUUUCUCAGGUGAUUCUGUGUGUCCUGCUGACAAGCGCAAGUCUAAAUUUUCAAUUAAAAACACACGACGUAUACAAAGCGCCGAUCGCCGUCGCAAUCAUAAAUACAAUAUUUUAAAUUGUCCUGUUUGUGUAAAUAUGGGUCUUGACUAUGUCCAUCCAUGUGAAAAGUUUCCUGACCACCAAGUUGAAUUCGGGGAUCCCCACUCUCCAUUUCUUGGUAUGCUGGCAGGAAGUGGAAGGCGUCCUAAUCCAUCUACAAAUGGGAAGGAAGUAAAUCAUUCCAUUUUUCCAAUCAUUCCAUCACCUAAAGUGAUUUCAAGUGAUAAGGGAGAGAACCACUUAAAAUUUCAACAUGAUUUAGUCAAAGUUGUCAAUCAAAAAAUAAAUGAGCGACAACAACAAAUUAAACUCAACAAGCACACUGACAAUAAUAGCAAUAAUUCACAUCAAUAUACCCAUUGUAGUUUAUGUAAUAACAGUCAAAUGGAAAUAGUUGAGAAAAAUGAAUCCACAGGUAAAUCAAAUGAUACAUUUCACCGUCCUCAUCUUUCUGUUUGCAUUGAUUGUUGUCAAAAUCGCACACAAAAUAACGACUUAGAUGUAGCCACUUCUAGGACAACACUACCAUACCGACCAUUCUCUUCACAUUUAGCACAAAGGUGGUCAUUUGAGCAUAGUAAAGAGUCACAUAGUGAUAUACACUCUUCAUUGUCAUCAUGUCGAAAAUUGUCAACUGAUAGUCACUCGAGUAUGAUUUUGGAUUGCUUAAGGUCAGUAGAUAAACAUUCAGUUUCUGAGUAUUCUGGUCAUUCAAUCGAAAAAAAUUCUACUAGCCAGUUUUCUCAUCCUAUUGUAUCAAUGAAUCCUGUUGGUAUGUCACGUGACGCAUACUUAAAGGCAACACAAGACGGCUUUCUUAAUCGAACCACUUAUGAAACAUCUGGAGAUUCAGAAUUUCGUUACCCCUAUUCAAACCGAACACCUCAAUCCCGUUCUCUGCAACUUUCUAACGAUUAUCAAUCUUCUAAUUUUGGUGCAUAUCCACAUAUUCAUGCAUCGGUUCUUGAGAGUGAUUCAAAAUCUGCAUCUGAAUCCGAGUUUAGGCACUAUGAUGAUUCAUAUCGAUUAGAUUAUUCCAGUCUUAUUUUACAUUCUUCGGCUCCACCAUCAAAACACCCUGAACCUAGUCAAAACCUUUAUUCACCGUCCAAAGUACAUUUGAAUGUCUCAGAAAAGUCCCGAAAACAUAGUGGCUUCUCAAACAAUCUCAAUGUAAAUAUUCAUACCUGUCGAGAUGAUGAUGAUCGUAUAACUCUUGUACCAGUUGAAUCUGAGAUACUAAGUAGUGUAAUUCAACAAUAUUCAGAUAAUAUAGGAAAAGGAGAGACCUUAGACGGAAAUUGUGAUGGUAACUUGACUUCCAGAACGACCGUAAAGAAAGCUCUUCAUCGAAGUCAAGCAAUUCGUGAACGACACAGACCUACGUUUCUGACCCUCUUCCGAAACAGAUCACUUCCUAGCUGUGUGGACAAUGAUAGCUUAUCACUGGAGUCUUGCUCAUUUCUCCAUUGUCCUUCAGAAAAUAGUGCCAAUAAGGAGUCCGAUUUUCCUCUCAAGACGGAGAGCUGCAAAAGUCCUUCUGGUCCGUUUGUUUCACUACAUUCUACAUUCAUUUGA